GAAUGUCACUAAACGUUUAAUAAUUAUCAAACAUAUAAAUGAAUCGCCACCAGCAGAGCAAAUCAGUAGCUGUUGUAGAGACUGUGGAAUACUACUAACGUUUGACUGGUUAUGAAUCACAGUUGUACAAACAAUUAAAUCUCGCCAAAUGCAGAGAAUAUAGCUAAGAUAUGCGGAUACAAAGUAGCAUUUUAGGAAGUUUGUAUUAAGUAAAUGUUAACCGUUUGCUAACUGACGUGAAGUGUUAGUGAAAUGUACAUCUCAUUUCUUCAAACAUCGUUCUGGAAAGUUGCCUCGACUUGUUAAGCUUGUAAAGCAUUGUCGUGAAACAUUAACAAGAAUACUAAUAGUAGAAACGGAAUUACACUAAACGCCUCCGACUACCUAUCUCAAAACAGUUUUAGUGAGGUUCUUCCGAUAGCUUUUUGCCCUAUGAAGCGGAGAAUAUCGUUGAAGAAUGACGAAUAUUUCGGAGUUGAUUUCCAGUAGCGAAAAUAAUAAAAGUUACUUUAAUGACAGUGAUUACAAUGACUACAUCUACGAAGUAUCCUAUUAUUUCAACAUAAUAGAUAUUGUGUUUUCACUAAGUGGAGUUAUAUUAAACAUUUUUAUGAUUUUUGUAUUACUAUUACUGAAAGGAUCUUUGAAAACGCAUCUCAAAUUUGUCUUGAGCCUUGCAAUAUCAGACCUCCUGAUAGCUUUGUUGCUGUUUGCAUCGCUGUUUUAUCAUUUUCCAAUUGGUUUGAAGCCCUUUAUAAUUCAAACUGCUCCAUCCUUUCUUAGCAAGACGUUUCUUAGUUUAUACUUAAUGGCACAGUAUGCUGGACUCGGAACAAUGCUGGCUAUUUCAGUUGAUAUACUUAUAAAAAUACGGAAGCCUUUGCGAUACAAAUUUCUAAUGUCAAAAAGGCGUGGUAAUAUCAUUAUAAUAUGUCUGUGGUUUGUAACACCUGCAGCUUUUAUAUUAAUAUCAUUCUGUCUUCUAGCGUUUAUGCUUAACCAAAGAGUAGACCCGUUAGCAGUACUUAUCGGGGCAAGCGUUCUGUUUUUCGCUCUUUGUGUUUUAUUUUUUGUUGUAUUUAUUAUCCUGUAUAUCGUAAUAAUUUGCUCAAUCAGAAACUUCGCGAACAAAUAUUCAUUCAGACGGAGAACAAGCAUUAAAAAAGCAGCUGUCACAUUUCUGUUCGUACUUUUAACCUAUUUCAUAUGUCUACUGCCUAUUGUAUGGCUGCUUAUACCGUUUCUAAUCUCUAAGGAUUCUUAUCCGUAUUUAUCCGUAAGAAUAGUGUCUUCUUUAUAUAUUGUAAAUACUAUAUGUGAUCCUAUUAUAUACACAUUAAGAAUACCCGAAAUAAAAGAAAAAUACUGGACAAUUUACAGGAAAAUGUAUCAUAGAGGUCACAGUGAAUCUGCUGUGUUUAAUCUAGCUAAUUAGGCUGAAAUUUUGUUGAAGGAAAACAUAUAAGUGACAACAGCAUGCGUUUCAGAUCAGAUAAACGCAUCACUGGCUCAAAUUGCUGGUGAAAUACCCCUUCGUAUCUGAAGCAUAAUGACAUUUCUAUAAUUUUUGUAUUACUUAUACUGAAAGGAUCUUUGAAAGCGCAUCUCAAGUUUAUUUUGAGCCUUGCAAGACGAGAAAAAUGGAACAGGAAAAAGACACAUUCACUAUUAUAGUAUGCUGCUGUUAUAUGUUAAGUUAUCAGCAUUUAUGGCGGCUUACCAUGUCCAAUGUGACUUUAAUAAUUCAAAUUGUGGUAUCUCAUGCAAUAUUAGCCUUCUAAUUUCACUUGCCUUACCGUCAAUAUCUAGUCACUAAACGAAAAAUGUUAUAUGCAAACAUUAUUAAUGUACAAUGUAUUAUUUUUUUAAACGUAUUACAUGUAUUACUAUUGCCUGAAUAUGGCACUGUACAAACAUCAUGUAUAAAGUACAUGAAUCUAAAAUUAUAACAUUCUAUUUACGUAUGAAUGUCUUGUGUCUCUUAAUAAUAUACA